AUGGUCGCUAGUAAGCCAUCUUCGAGCAGAUUGAAGCGAUGGGCCAAGAGAUUAGGGAGAAGGUCUGGCGAUGCCACCGACCGUAAUAGUCAGUCCUCGCGAGAAGCUGUUGUUCCUCUAUCCCAAGUCGAACAACUCGCCGACGCUACGAUUCCGGCUGAUCAACUGAGCUCCAACGUCAAUAUAACCAGCCCCCAAGAUCAAGCCGCGGAUACAGCUGUAGAUAACGAAGCGCUCACUCUUGCUAAUGAACAAAGCCCUUCAGCUGGCAAUGGCGAUGACGCUCCAGGCUUACAGGCUGCAACCGAGGUGCAGGUCGCAGCUUCUGAUAGCCUGUGGAAGCAAGCUUUAAAACGCAUAAGGGCCUCUGAAGUAGAUCCAGAUGUUGUCGCAGAAGUCUUGAAGCUUACGGAACAGGCAACCGAUGGUGAAUAUAGCUCUGCUAUAAACUCGGCCAAGGACAUUCAAGUGUGGAUGGAGCGGCAGCUCGAAGACAUGAAGAAGAAGCAGAAGACGGCAGCGUGGAAGAUCAGUAUCCAUAGAACCAGCUAUUCCCUGGAUGGCUUUAUCGAGAGAACCGUCGCCGUGUUGAAUAGGUUUGUCGCUGUUGGUGAUGUGGCCGUCAGUUUUGACCCGGUUCACGCAGCUUUGCCAUGGGCUGCUGUGCGGUUCGUCUUAGUUAUUCAGAACCUCACCGCUCGGAGCAAGCUGGCCAGCGAGUUAACCUUUGGCCUCGCCAAGGUUACGACAUUGGCUUCUCAGUGUAGCAUUUACCAAACACUAUAUGGCACCUCCAAAAUCUCCGUGGAAUCACAGGAUGUGCUAAGGAACUUGGAAGAAACUAUAGUUGACGUCCAUGUCCAGUCAUUGCUGUUUCUCGGUUUCGCGGUCCUGCAAGGCGGUAGCAAUCACUUCAUGGCCGUGUUUAAACUAGACGACCUGGAAACGCAUAACCAAAAACUUCUAGAUGUCGGUAACAAGCUUUCCCAAGCUGCAGAAAAUUGCGAGAAGUUCAGUAAUCAUCAUGAGCGGCAGGAUGUCAACAAGAUGCUGCAGCUGGCAAGAGACUCACAUUUAGCUCUCCAAACCCAACAAGAAAUUCUUCUCGACAUCCGAAAGUAUACGCUGCUUUCUACUUUGCGGCAUGCCAAAGGCGCCGCAUACGACUUUCACGCCAACGAGAAUGACCCUCGCUGCCAUCCAGAUACCCGUGUCGAUCUGCUUCAUCAAGUCCAACAGUGGGUGCGCAGUGACGACAGCGAGCCCAUCUUUUGGCUGGAGGGAAAGGCCGGUACCGGCAAGUCGACCAUCGCUCGCACCGUAGCAGCAACUCUCGAUACAAGUGGUGAGCUUGGCGCAAACUUCUUCUUCAAGCGAGGCGAAGGGGAUCGCAGUCGGGCUGCAUACUUCUUCACUACCAUUAGCAAACAAUUGUGCCAGCGGGUACCUUCUUUUGCAGAAUCUGUACAACACGCGAUCGAGGCUGACCCAGAAAUCACGGAAAAAUCGAUGCCCUCGCAGUUUGAGAAGCUCAUUUAUCAACCAUUGGAAUCAUUGAGUCAGAGAGGAGGCGGCAAGUCGAGAAUGACUGUCGUUAUCGACGCCCUAGAUGAGUGCGAUCCGGAGGAGGACGCCAAGCGCAUCAUUGAGCUUCUGGCGAAGGCAGAAAUCCUACCAGGAUUCAAACUAAAAUUCUUUCUAACCAGUCGACCCGAAUAUCAUAUCCGUCUUGGUUUUGACAAGCUCAAAGUCGGAUCUCACAAAGCUGUGGCGCUGCACACCAUUCCAGAACCCGUGGUCGAGCAUGAUCUAUCGGUCUACUUUGUGCACCAGCUGGCACUUAUCAGGGACGAGUACAAUCGCCUGGCUCCGGAGGAGUUUCAUCUGCCCGGGGACUGGCCACCUGCGGACGUGAUACAGAAACUCGUCAGAAUUGCUAAUCCGCUGUUCAUCUUUGCCGCCACCGUCUGCCGCUUGUUGGAAGAUAUGGCGCCCUUGAAUCCGGCAGAAGAGCUGAGCAACAUCUUGAUGCUUCCAACAGAGACUUUGGAUGAGAAGCUUACUGCCACAUAUGUUACAGUUCUUCAGCGAUUCGUAACCGGGAAACUUGGUUCUCGCAUGACCGGCCGACAAAAAGAUGACAUCGUGUCGCGGUUCAGGAAUAUCAUUGGAUCCCUCGUCCUGUUGGCAGAGCCGCUCUCUGUCCUAUCUCUUGCUGCCCUGCUUGGAGUUAGUCCAUCUACUGUUGAUGGUAUCGUCAACUCUCUUCAUUCGGUCCUCAAUGUCCCGCGCGACUUGAAGUCUCCUGUUAAGAUCUUCCACUUAUCCUUUCGCGAGUUUCUUGUCAAGCGGGAUGGAGAUUUUUCAAGCGACUUUCGGAUAGACGAGGAGAAGAUUAAUGAGGAGUUGGCGACAAAGUGUCUUGAACUCCUUUCUAGCAAUGAUCGCCUUAGAUACAACAUGUGUAAUUUGGAACAAUUAGGCAAGCGUAGGAGCAACAUACCCCAGAAAAAGGUAGAAGGCUCCUUCCCACCAGAGGUUCAAUAUGCGUGCCUUUACUGGAUCCAUCACCUGGGAGAGGGCAAAGCCGUACUUCGAGACGAAGGACAGGUUCACGAGUUCCUCAAGAAACAUUUCCUUCACUGGCUUGAAGCAUUGAGCCUAAUGGGCAGAUUAACUGAAAGCACACGGCAGAUCCAGAAGUUGCAAACAUUGGUUGACCCCAAUGAAGGUAUCAAGAUCACGGAAUUUUUACGCGAUGCAACACGCUUCAUCCUCCGCUUUCGCGCCAUCGGCGACGAAGCGCCUCUCCAAUUUUACUCCUCGGCCCUUCUAUUCGCCCCGAGGAGGAGCGUCAUCAAGAAGACCUUCCAGAAACACAUCGAGUGGAUAAGGCAAAAGCCAAACGUUGAAACCGACUGGGACCCUUGUCUUCAGACCCUCGAGGGGCGUAUCAGACAAAUUCAAGCAGUAGCGUUCUCACGGGAUGGCCUUUCCAUCGCCCACGGGGGGAAUGCCUUCGGACUUAGUCUUUGGGAUACCACGACGGGCGAGCUCCGGUACAUGACCCGUAUCACUGAGAACUUUAAACCAGAAUCUUUCACUUUCUCGAGAGACGGUCAGCUAGUUGCGUGCGCUAUACACGACUGCACGGUCAAACUUCGGAGCGUGGCAACAGGCGAGGUUCAGCACAGGUUUCAGGGACACACAGACAAGGUCCUAUCAAUUGAGUUUUCUAGCGACAACGCCAGUAUGGUAUCGGGAUCUAGGGAUUGGACAGUGAAAGUCUGGGACCUAGCUACGGGGACGCUGCGGCUAUCCCUUGAGGCGCAUACUGACCCGGUGUACUCCGUCGCCUGCGCGAAUAAUGGCAGGCUUAUAGCCUCUGGGUCCUUCGACCAGACGAUCAUAUUAUGGGAUGCAUCAACAGGAGAGCUCCAGAGAACUCUAAAGGGCCAUGGUGAUAUCUCGAAGGUCGUUUUCUCACCAGACUCCAAGCUCCUGGCAUCGGGAUCAGAGGACAAAUCAGUCAGAGUUUGGGAUGUGGAAAGCGGCGCGCUCCAGCUCUCCAUACAGCCUCACGAUAGUUAUCUACUGUCCAUACUAGACUUCUCUAGCGACAGCAAAUUCAUAGCGCUGAGGAAGGGCCGCACGGUAGUAAUCCGGGACAUGGUAUUAGGACGAAUCCAUCAGACGCUCAAAGGUCAUUCCGUAGAUGUCAAAUGCGUCGCUUACUCGCCUAGUGGUGGGCUACUGGCAACUGCUACACGCGACGCGGUCAAGAUAUGGGACACCAGCAUUCGGUCUUUGGACCAAAGCCCGGAGGGCCAUAGCCAGAAAAUCCUUUCGCUGGCAUUAUCCCCCGAUUCCAGGCUAGUGGCAUCGGCCUCAUGCGACAGCUACAUAAAGGUGUGGAAUGCAGCUAAUGGAAAACUCAAGUACUCUCUACCAGAUCGCACUGAUCGGGAAAAACCAGCAGUCAUUUUCUCGCCCGACUCUACACUGAUCGCAUCAAUAUCAGACGAUGAUUCUAUCAAGUUGCGGGAUGCAAAAACUGGAAAGGUGCUGCAAACUCUCAAGACGAAACGCCAAACAUACAUGUACCAGACCCUUGCUUUCUCCCCUGAUUCUCAACUUCUCGCAGUAUCAGUGGGCUCUAUAGUCGUAGUCUGGAAUAUAGGUGACGGAGGAGGAGCGUACUUUGAACUUUACAAGAAUAGCGAUAGCGAGACCGAGCAAUUGGUUUUCUCGCCUGGUUCUACUUUCAUAGCAGCAUCCACCUGCACGAAUACCUACAUAUGGGAUGUAGAAAAGAGAUGGCUCUUACACACACUCACAAGACCUUCCCGGAUGCCGCUGUGGAUGGGAUUCUCUCCUGAUUCCAGGGUGCUGGGGCUGAGAUUCGAAGGCAAUGGUAGAUUCGGAGGCAAUGGUAGAUUCGAAGUUCAUGAUAUAUUCGAAGGCAAUGGUCGCAACAUCAUCCAGAUCUGGGAUAUACUCAAGGGGGUCUUGGUACAAACUUAUCAAGACUGUGGGUCGGCGACAUUCAAGACUGUGUUCUCGGCGGAUAGCAAAAGACUCGAGGUCACGUCGUGGGAUAAGUAUCAUGAGCUUGUGGUCCGGGAAGAAUUAAACUGUGAGGUGGGGACUCCAGACUCGUCAUCCACGAGUGGAAAUACUACGCUGCUUGUAAGUCAGGUGGAACUAUCCAAGUCUCGAAGCUACAGAGUGGAUGAACACAACUCGUGGAUCCAGUUGAAUGGACAGAACCUGCUCUGGAUACCUCCCGAUCACAGACCAACGAAACCUCUCUUUCAGCUGUCUCCGGAUUCUUCACUGCGUACUUGGGUAGCAGAUAACGCGGAAAACCGAAUUAUCAUUGGGUCACCAUCGGGCAGAGUAACUUUCAUCGAGUUUGACUCUUGA